AUGUCUCCAUCCAUAUUUCCGUCUUUCCUCGUGCCUUCUCUGCCUUUCAGACGUCGCAAGUCGAGUACUGAUUCCAAUAUCUCGACCUCGAGCACUGGUUCGAAUGACAGCUCGAACCACGACACUUUCUUAGACGGUAAUAAAUCGCAUCUCCAAUGCUCCCGCUGUCUAGCCGACCUAGCUCUGUCGAGUCAAAUUAUCUCCAAGGGCUUCACAGGUCGCCACGGACGCGCAUAUCUGGUAUCUGCUACGGAGAGCUGGGUCCAAGCUACUUCGUCUUCAAGCAAGAAAGACACACAUCCCAACCUUCCUAAUACAUUCACCCGUAAACCGGUACCUCGACAGCUGGUUACUGGCGCUCACACCGUUAGUGACAUUAGCUGUGCACAAUGUGGCAGUGUGCUAGGAUGGAAAUACGUCGCUGCCGAAGAAGAAUCUCAACAAUACAAGGUCGGCAAAUUCAUCUUGGAAACCAGAAGGACUUGUCGCAACAGUUGUUGGGAGGGUCAGUCAGAUGCUGUUGUUGAAGCCGGAGGUAUUCCUGAGAGAAACAAGUCUGGAGGACUGGACGAUGUCGAGUUCGAUAGCCAGGAUGAGGACGAGUGCGAGGAGCUAUUCAUGGGAAUUUGGAACCCCCAAAUUGCAUCCAGAAGACGUGCAAAGAAGGCUUUUCCCAAGCAGAGCAGCUGA